AUGUUGCUAGGUUGCAGCCUGUUGGCAAUUUUGUUCAUAGCGCAUGGAGGAUCGGGGGGGUUAAAGGCAGAAUCAGAGUUGUUGUCCGGUAUCGACGGGUACCUGAUAAAUAAGUACGGGGACGAUGAAGAUGCGUUAAAGGCAUAUGAGAACUUUGCAUCCUUGCGAAAGAAGAUGAUGCAAUCUAUGCUGCACCACUAUGACAGCAGGGCUGAAUCCAGCAUGUCGAACAUUGGCGACAGUGGAGGUUCGGAGAAGAUGGAUUUUCCUGCCGCUGACAAGGAGGAUUCACUGUUGAGUAGCGGCAGUAAGAGCGAGAGAGCGGCAAGUUUGAUGGACAACAACAAGCGAUCAAUGCUGCAUGACAAGACUGAAGAAAGGAAGCAUUCUGUUGACAAGCAACCGUCUCCCACCUGGAAAAGCCUUGCCAAGUCACUCUACGUCAGAAAGUGGAAGCCAUCGCAUGAAGCAACGCAUGCAUCAACCAGCAUCAAACAAGGAGCGUCAUGGUCGGAUCUUAGCGCAGAGCUCAAAAAUGAUAUAGAUCCGAACGUACGGGAAGAGAGAAAGGAUCUUCGAGAAGCGAAGAUUCGAGCAGAAAAUUACCUCAGUGAGAAGCAAGUGGAUCAAUCUGCAUCAGGCAGAGCCCAUGUCACUCAACUAAGUUUGAGAAAGAAAGCGAAAGCAAAGAAUGUUGAUCUCGAAGAUAGCAAGUCAGAGAAUCUCAAGCGGCAGAUGGCGAAUGAGGACAAGCUGAAAGCCAGAAAAUAUGUCUUGGGGAUCAUCGCGAAGGACGUCCCCAAGUCAUUACAACUUGCCUUCAUCAAUAAUUUGGAAAGCAAGCGUAAUGAUGGACAUGGGCAGUCUCUUGCAGCUCUUAACUCGCAGAUGCUGAAGCUCAAAGAUGAAGUUCGAAGGAUGAAAGACAAGGCACAGAUUCUAGAAUUGCAGAGCGAGGUACAAAAGUUGGAGCGGCAGCAACAUGAAGCGAGCAAGCCCGUAUCAAAGAUGAUGACAGUUGCUGCAGCAAAGGAGGGUCUGCUGAAGAAAGUGAGAUCCAUUCUGCAGGCACAAUUCAACACUUUGAGAGAGAACAUCGAAAAUGAAAUCAAAACCGUCAGUGCUUCGGACAUUGCGGAAAUCAUGAGAGAAGGAAAUGCAACGUCCCCGUUUUCUGAUUCCAAUGAGCUUAAGAAGAUUGAAGCAUUGAAGGGACAGAAUGCGAAGUUAACGUCACUGCCUGCACGUCAAGAAGGCGCAGAUACAAGGGCCAAAAGCAUUUUGACAAAGUACAAGGCCCUGGUCAAGGAGAAUGCUGACUUGAAAAGUGAGAUAACCUCUAUCGAGAUGAAGCAAAGAGAUUCGAAGAAUCUUCCGACCAAUCAAGACGUUUACAAACUCCGGCAUUUGGCCUCGAAGUACAAAUUGGAAGCGCUCAAGCUCAGGGAGAAUAAUAGUAAGUUAUCUGCCGAAGUCUUCAAUUUGCAAUCUCGGCAGAAUACUCCAUCAGCGGCAGCAUUAGCGGCUCAAAAGGAUGGCAAGCGCAAGUAA